CCAGGUCGUGACCUUUUCACGCCUCAUGGAUGGCAAGGCCAUCCGCGAGACUACCACCAGCCCGCCAUGGAAAUUUACAAAGGCGCUAAGUUCCAAACCUUCAGCCAUGGCACCGCGGCAUUGCCUCUGGUGUGUAUGAGAGCGCAUGAAACUCAUUCCUUCGGCAUUUUCUAUGGCCAAAACCCUAUGAAAUUCUCCUUCAACAUAGUCCUUGUUGAUCUGAUCUUGGUCAUUUUGAUCACCCGGACUGUUCGCUUCCUUCUCAGGCCUCUCAGACAGCCUAGGUUCAUUUCUGAGUUAAUUGGCGGCAUUAUCAUUGGACCCUCCCUUCUUGGCCAGAGCAAGAGCUUUAGCCAUAUUGUUUUCCCUCUCUAUUCCAAUUUUGUGAUGAGAAACGUUGGAGUGAUGGGGUUUAUGCUAUUCCUUUUCAUAAGUGGAGUGAAGAUGGACCUAGGCUUGUUGAAAAGAUCGGGAAAAAAAAACUUUUAUAUAGCCAUGAUUAGCAUUGUUGUUCCUCUCGUAAUUGUGACUGUCGUUGCAAUCAUUACUCGAAAAUCAAUGGACAAAGAACUUGCCAGGGCUUCUUCAAUUGGAAUAAUUGCCUCAUCUUUGGCGAUAACAGCAUUUCCCAUUCACUAUGCGGUACUUCAAGAAUUAAACCUUCUUAGCUCCGAGGUUGGAAAUAUGGCCUUGUCCAUAGCUUUAGUUAGUGAUACAAUUGGGAUGAAUUGUCUGGUCAUUUUCGAGGCAAUGAAACAAGGGGAAGUAUCCGGUAAAGAUGCUCUUUGGUAUAUGAUUUCUUUGGUGGUUCUUCUAGCUUUCACUGUUACCGCCGUCCGACGAGCAAUGAUGUGGAUCAUCGAAACCACCCCUGAAGGAGAACCGGUGGAUCAGUUUUAUGUGGUUGCCAUUUUGUUGGGGGUGUUCGUGAUGGGCUUUUUGACAGACAUGUUUGGUAUAGCCAUUGCUAACGGCUCAUUCUUGCUGGGAUUGGUGAUUCCAAACGGGCCGCCGCUAGGGGCGACGCUGGUAGAGAAGAGCGAGACAAUUAUAAUGGAAAUCAUCAUGCCGUUUUCGUUUGCUUUCAUCGGACUCAACACGGAUUUUUCUGCAAUGACUGAGGCUGGCUGGUCUACCUUGGGACCGCUCUUUGCCAUGGUUAUAUCAGGUUACUUGUCCAAAUUCUUGUCAACUCUGAUGGCUGCCUACAUGGUAGCCAUGCCAUUGAGAGAUUGUCUUGCUCUCAGCCUUGUUUUGAGCCUGAGAGGUCAAGUGGAGCUUAUUCUAUACGUCCAUUGGGUAGACAAAAAUAUAAUAAAGUUACCUGCAUUCACAAUGAUGGUAUUUCUAACAAUGAUGUUUACCGGAACUCUGACACCUUUGAUCAGCAUUUUCUAUGAUCCCACAAAGCCUUACAUGGUAAACAAGAGGAGGACCAUUCAACAUACCCCUCCGGAUACAGAACUUGGGAUACUACUCUGCAUUCAGGACAAGGAAAGCGUGCCAAGCCUUGUUAACCUUCUUGAAGUCUCUUAUCCUACUGUUAACAACCCUCUCUCAGUUUACGCUUUUCACCUAGUCGAGCUCAUCGGCCGUGCUAACCCUUUAUUCAUAGACCACGAGGAUCAGGAACAGGAAGACCUUUCCAUCAAGUUCCCUGACUCGGAAACAAUGCAGCAUGCUCUAAAGCUCUAUCAGGAAAGGAGGGAUGAAUGUGUAAGGCUCCAUCUUUUCACGGCUACGACAGCAAAACGAACGAUGUAUCAGGAUGUCUGCAAGCUUGCUUUGAUAAGCAAGGCUGCUAUCAUCAUUUUACCUUUUGAGAAGGAACGCAUUAGCGACAUUGCAAUAACUGAGCAUUGGGGUGAUGGGCAGCACUCUUUAAGCAUCAACGUCUUAGCCAAUGCACCUUGCUCGGUUGGAGUUCUUGUAGAUAAGGCCCACCGAUGGCACCUUUCCUUAUCUCGCUCCUUCCAAGGCGCUGUCCACAACUUUAUUGUGCUGUUCCUAGGAGGAGCAGAUGCUAGAGAGGCUCUUGCUUAUGCAGAUCGGAUGGUUGGCAACCCGAACGUCUCCCUCACUGUCAUAAGGUUUCUUUCUUCAAACUCUGAAGGAGAUGACGAGAGGGAGAAGAAGCUUGAUGAUGGAGUGGUGACUUGGUUCUGGGUCAAGAACGAAACAAACGAGAGAGUCAUUUACAGAGAGGUGGUAGUAAGAAAUGGAGAAGAAACAGUUUCAGCAAUCCAGGCGAUGACGGAGGAGAACUAUUAUCAUCUUUGGAUCAUGGGAAGGAAACAAGGGAUCAAUCCAAGGCUUCUGGAGGGAUUGUCAACAUGGACAGAGAAUCAAGAAGAGCUUGGAAUAAUCGGGGAUUAUGUUUCAUCUACUGAUUUUGGUGCCGCGGAUUCUGUGUUGGUGGUGCAACAGCAAAUUUUGAGAGCGCAAGGUGCCACCAUUGCAACUCCUUCAUCAAGCUUUUUGCGGCGCUUGCUAACCUGACAUAUAUAUAUAUAUCCGUAGAGUUAAAUACAAUUUUUCCAAUGUAAAUGGGUUCUAACUCCAUCCCUUUUUAUCAUGCUUGAAACUUAUAAACAGAUCAUGACCUCUAGUCUAGAUGUUAAUUAAGCCAAAAAUUAAUUGUGAGUAUGAGCUUGUAUUU